GUACAUCUCUUGUCAACACAGUUACUGCGUGUUUUCUGCUUUCCUGGUCCCAUUAGUUCAGACCUAGGGCGGUCUGAGCCCCAGGCCCCUACCUUUACAGCACUGCAUUUCUCGUGAAUGUUUCCGAAGAAGCUUGCCACCCUCUCACCCACGAAGCCCUUCCAGCUGGUGCCUAGCAAGCUCCACCCUCAAUCCAGAGACUGAAUUUGGGGGCAAUUCUAAAGUGACCGGCGCGCUGGGCCGUCUACUGCGCAGGCGCACUCAGAGCAGCCUUAGGCUCCACCUCUCUGGCUCUCAGCCGCUACGUCCCCUUGGCAACGCGGUACACAGUGCGAACCCGAGUAGGUGCACGAUGUGCUUUAGCAGAGUAGGUGAGGAGAGUAGCAGAGGACUACAGAACAGACAGCGGGAGAAGGGUGGGAAGACCAGGAGAGAUGAACACGGAGGAAGUACAGCUCGCCCCCUCGUUCCGUGGAGUUACGCUUGGUUCACGGAAGGGGGAUAGUUACUCCUUUGGAACACGUCAGCAGAGGAAACUCUUUCCUCACUACCACCCCCCAACCUGGCUGGGGAACAAGUUCAUCCCUCUUAGGGGAUCGCCCCACACAGGCCCUGGGUGUUACUCAGCAACAGACUGGAAUGGCUUGGCAUACAACCUGUCUCGGAUCCCAGCCAGUACGAAAGGUUAUGCUCUUGGAGCCAGGACAGCAGUGCGGUUUAAGCCAGUCAGCAAGGAUGUGACGCCAUAUCCAGGAAUGUACCAGAAAGAUUGUACUUAUGAUGAGAAAUACAAACAAAGCUUUGCUCCAUUUAAUGUCAUGAUGCCUCGAUUUAGGUCUGAAGUUAAGGGCCCUUCUUAUCCUGGCCCUGGCACAUACAAUCCAGAGAAGAAGACACCCCCAAAGAUUGUUUGGCCAAUGAAAUUUGGAUCUCCAGACUGGUGUCAGGUUCCAUAUCUAGAGAAAAGAACUCUAAAAGCUGAGCUGUCCACAGACAAGGACUUUAGAAAACAUCGGAACCGUGUGGCCUACUUUAGCCUGUUUUACGAUUGAGAAGUAGGCACUGUCUUCACGAGUUCUCCUGACUGCAGAAUCUCCAGAACUGAGGAUGGGACUGCCCAUGCACUUCUGGGUUUCUUGGGCCCUCUUGUCUGCCAAUUCGGCAUCCAGGGAGGAGCGAGGGUCUCACAGUCACCCUACAAAAACAUAAAGACUGGUCCAGAAUGUUCCUACUCUGUCUCUUUGUUUGUGGUCUAAUAGUGCUUGCUGGGUGUCCAGCCACGUAGUUUCGUUUUUGAGAAAUACCCAGGGAUACCUUAACCACUACCUUCAAUUCUCGGGCACCAGUCUUGAAUGUUCUUCCACUAGUCUUGCCACUAGGUAGAUCUUAGCCUGUACAUGUCAAGGUCGUAGAUAGAAUUUGAGCCCCCAAGACAUGGGAUUUUUAAAUUCAAGUUACAACAUUUAUGUCAGGGGAGUCCUUCCAAGAUUUAUGAAUUCCCUGGAAAUUUCAUAGAAUGAAAUUCUUUCAUUCUUUCCUAGAUUGACAUAAAAAACUCAAAUAACCCAAAAAGUUUUAAUUCCCCGUGACAUGGCCUCUUUAGUCUGUGUGCUGAGUUCCUGCUUAGUAUCAGGCAGAGUGAGAAGCAAUGGGUAUAUCCUAGGAAUUCACUCUAUAUCAUAAGUUGUAUUACCAACCUAGAAAUAUCUUUUUAGACCUUAAAAUGUUUUCUUAGGUAAAACAACCAACGCCUUCAUGUCUCUCAACCUUACAUCUACACUUUACAUCUCUUAUGUAAGUUUCUAUUCUGAAUUUGAUAAAAAGGAAAAUAGUAGUCUUUAGCCCUAUCAGAGAUCCAAGAAGGAUAUAAUAAUACCUGAGUAAACAGGAAGUGCAGAAUAUACAACUUCCAAAACUAUACAAAGGGCAGAAACAUCUAACUACAUGAACAUUCACCCAAGGUUCCUCUGCAACAUUGGGGCAUCCACCUUUGGCCUACAGACCUAAAAUAUCUGACAGACUUUUCUGUGAAGCAUGAAUUUUAAAUGACUGUUCUAUCUUGUCUUGACAAAGUUUGGCAGUCACUUUCUUUUGUGUCCUGCUUAUCCAAUUUGGACAGCAUACUGUCAGCAAUUGAGGCAAGGACAAUUUCUUGC